CACUCAUACCUUCACAGACAUACACACCAACAGGAAAUAAAACCAGAGUAAAUGUAAAUGAGCUUCACUGAGCAUGCAACAGAGAGAGAAGAAAGAGACCAGGGGGAGGGGGGUCUAAGUGGUGAGUGAAGAAGGAAGGUGAGAGAGAGUGUGGUGUGGUGUUUGUUCGCCUCAGCAGGAACAGCAGUCAGUGGAGGGAGUUUGCGUCUGUGUGUGUGUUUGUGCCAUGCCCCAGGAGUAAUGGACUCCCAGAACCGGGCUGCACUGGACAUCUCCACCCGGAAUCCCCAGGAGGACUUUGAGAUUCUUCUCCGGGUCGGUGGAGGCACCUAUGGCGAAGUUUACAAGGCUCGGAACAAGCAGAACGGGGAGCUGGCGGCCAUCAAGGUCAUCAAGAUGGAGCCAGAUGAGGACUUCUCAGUAAUCCAGCAGGAGAUCGUCAUAGUGAAGAGCUGCAAGCACCGCAACAUUGUGGCCUACUAUGGCAGCUAUAUACGGGCCAACACGCUGUCGAUCUGCAUGGAGUUCUGUGGAGGAGGCUCUCUCCAGGAUGUCUACCAUGUGACCGGACCUCUCUCUGAGCUUCAGAUUGCAUUUGUCUGCAGGGAGAUGUUGCAGGGUCUGGAUUACUUACAUGGCCAGAAGAAGAUUCACCGAGAUAUAAAGGGUGCCAACAUCCUCCUUAAUGACCAAGGAGAGGUGAAGCUAGCGGACUUUGGGAUUUCGGCACAGAUCACGGCUACUCUGGCACGGCGGAUGUCCUUCAUCGGGACUCCUUACUGGAUGGCGCCAGAGGUGGCUGCCGUGGCGAUAAAGGGGGGUUACAAUGAGCUGUGUGACGUGUGGUCUGUAGGAAUCACUGCUAUCGAGCUGGCUGAGCUGCAGCCCCCAUUGUUCGAUGUGCACCCACUACGGGUGCUGUUCCUCAUGUCCAAAAGUGGCUACCAACCUCCUAAACUAAAGGAAAAGGCCAAAUGGUCCUCGAUUUUCUAUAACUUUGUCAAGGCAAUGCUGAUCAGGAACACUAAGAAGAGACCCAGUGCCUCAAAGAUGCUGACACACCUGUUUCUGACCCAGCCGUGUCUGAGACAGGAUCUGAUCUUGGAUCUGCUGGAGAAGCUGCGUCACCCUGAGAAACUGAAGCCCUCGCUGCCAUCUGAGGAGGAGGACGUGGAGGUUGUGGUACCCGGCUCCCUGAGAAGGAUUUACUCCAUUAACAGACACAACCAGGCAGAGAGAACCAACUCUGACAUCAGCUUGGAGCAGCUCUACACCAGGAGGCCAGUAAAGACAGCCUCACCAGAAGCAAUGGUACGGUCUACAGUGCAGUGGCACACACUGGGAUCCACUGGCAGCGACAAGAGCCUAAUCAGAGACCAAUGCAUGGACUCAGAUGAUGACUAUGAUGACGUGGACAUUCCGACCAUCUGCACCAGAAGUGUAACAAUCCCACUAGAUGACAUCCCACCCCCACUCCCUCCUAAGCCCAAAGUUUGUCCCAGUUCAGAGGAGAUUGUGACAGGAGAGGACGAACAUGGCCGGACACUUCACUCCCUCUACGCCCCCUCGCCCCUCCUCCGGACCUUUAGUGCCACCCACACACGCCCCGUCCCCCGUCCGCGCUCCCGGCGAAACGUCAACUCCGACCCUGUUUCCUUCCCAUUACACAUAACAGACAGACCAGCGGACCUCCAACCACCUGAGCUGCCCCCCAAGAAAGACAGGAGAAGGAGACAGCCCCCCCAGGAUCCAGUUGAAUGUGCCAGCCCUGUGCUGAAGAAACCUCCAGUGUAUUUUAAGAAAGUAUUCCAUGGCUGUCCGUUGAAAGUGAAUUGUUCAACGUCGUGGGACCAUCCGACAACUAAAGACCACCACCUGAUCCUGGGAGCAGACGAGGGGAUCUACAGCCUCAACCUGAACAGCUCAGAGGCCACCAUGGAGCUGCUCUAUCCAGGAAAGUGCAGCUGGGUUUACACCAUUAGUAAUGUCCUCAUGUCAAUAUCAGGUAAGUCAUCCCAGCUCCAUUCUCACUUACUGAAGGACUGUGUGGAGCAGGCCGAAAGGAGCAGCGAAUGGUGGCCUUGCCAACCCACAGACUAUUGCCUAGGACCCUACAACUCAUUGCCUAUUUUUGGUCGAGCCCAUGUAAGUGUUCAUUGGCUCAUCAAGCGUGAGUACACACAGGAUCCCACAAGCAUCCUUCUCACCAUCCUGCUGCCCACUGUCUUCCUGGGUUCCUCACACUUUGACUUCCCCCUGCCCAGUCCCCUGCAUGUGUUUGAGAUGAUGGUGACACCGCAGCAGGAGUACCCUCUAGUGUGUAUUGGGGUACACAAGGGUCCCAGUCCUGAGCAGCCCAUUAAACUGGACAACAUGAACCUCAACUCCAACACCUCUUGGUUCACCAACACUGGCUUAGAGAGCCGGUGUCCUGACACAGUGCAGGUGAACCAGCUGGACUGUAACACUCUGCUGGUGCUCAUUGACAAUUCAGUACAUAUUGUGGACCUGGAGGGGGUGCAGAGGAGCCACCGGAUAAUUCAAGGCGAGACCACUUUCACUUUUGAUGUGGAAGCUGUAGUGUAUUUUGAGAACACUCUGCUGGCUGUGUGGCGUCAUGGCUGGCAGAGGAGAGGAGAGGGCCCAGACAUACUGCAGGAGAUCACAGACCCCAAGAAGACCUUCCGUCUAGUGGGAUCAGACCGGAUAGUUGUCAUGGAGACACGGCAGAGUGAGGACAAUUCGGGGCUCUGUAACCUGUACAUCCUGGAGAUUGCGGAGAACUAUGUCCCAGUACCUUGAGAACUCUAGCACAUGGGACCAAUCUCAAGGUAGCACCACUGCAAACACUCCAAGCAGCAGCCAUGGCACUGUGUCCAUGCCCAACAACACUGCUGUGCUGCUGGUUUAAAGGAGCACAGACAGAAUUCAUCCCUCACAAUCUAGGAGCAGAUGGAGCGCUUCCACUGCCAGCCCACACAGGCAGUGUGCCCAGACACACAUGUGCAUUCAUUCCUCCACAAAUACCUAUUUAUCCUYUAACAGUACUACAGUACUUGACCUCUGCUYCAACCUGGUCUCAGAGCAUUUCYUAUUAUUCUGUAUGUGAAUCAGAUUAUUCUGUAUGCGAAUCAGAGACACUCCGUUUGGUAUGAUAUGUUAUGUUUCGUAAUGUAUGUAUUCAUUUAUGGAUUUCCAUCACCCAUUUCAUAUGUUACGAAUUACAAUUCAUAUUAUAUGUUAUGAAUUUCCAAAUGUAUAAUGUGUUACGAAUUUGCGAAAAUGUACAAUAUGUAACGCAUUUGCAAAAUGUAUGAUAUGUUACGAAUUCUAGCUAGGUGGCGAACAUUAGCU